AAAUGUUUUGAUACUGUGCAGUCGUGGAUCGCUGUUCGGUUGUCAUAAUUUGGAGAUUUAACAGUUCGUUGACAGGCUACUUGUACUUGUAGUUUACAGGCUACGUUUGUAGAACUGUCGGACAGACAGUUCUACAGAAGCGCUUUCGUCUACAAGGCGUCUUGUGGUUAACACACAAGUGGGUUCUUCUACUGGCUCUCUGGCACAUGGUGUGAAGUGAACAUGGCGGACGUUUUGAGUGUACUUCGUCUAUACAACAAUCAGAAAAAGGAAAUCGUCGCGAAAGGAGACGAGGUAAUCUUCGGAGAGUUUUCAUGGCCAAAAAAUGUCAAGACUAACUAUGUUAUUUGGGGAACCGGAAAAGAGGGCCAGCCCAAAGAGUACUACACUUUGGACUCGAUUCUCUUCCUGCUCAACAACGUGCACCUUCCUCACCCGUCCUACGUUCGCAGGGCAGCCACAGAGAACAUACCUGUGGUCACAAGACCUGACCGAAAGGACUUGCUGUCCUAUCUCAACGGAGAAAGUUCUACUUCAGGGAGCAUUGACAGGAGUGCGCCCAUAGAGAUUGGAUUGCAGAGACCAACACAAGUCAAAAGGGCAGCAGAUGAGGCGUCAUCAGAAGCCAAAAAGCCUCGAGUUGAGGAUGAAGAGCGUGUGCGCCUCGAUAAGGAACGCCUGGCCGCGCGUCUGGCAGGACACAAGGAGGGCAUCGUCCAGACUGACCAGAUUAGGUCACUCUCAGAGGCCAUGUCUGUGGAGAAGAUCGCAGCCAUCAAGGCCAAGAUCAUGGCCAAGAAACGGUCGACUAUCAAAACAGAUCUGGACGAAGACGUCACCCUCAAGCAGAGGAGCUUCGUGGAUGCUGAGGUGGAUGUGACCAAGGAUAUCGUGAGCAGAGAGCGAGUUUGGCGGACGCGUACCACCAUCCUGCAGAGCAGCGGCAAGAACUUCUCCAGGAGCAUCUUCGCCAUCCUGCAGUCGGUGAAGGCCAGAGAGGAGGGUCGACCCAUGGAAACCAAGCCAACCCCCAGCACCGCUCAUGCAGACCAGGCCGCCCGAAACAAGCAGCAAAUCCAAUCCUACAACAGAUACGAGCAGGAGGGAUUCAAGGGCAAAGAGGAGACGGAGGGCUUCAAGAUUGACACCAUGGGCACCUACCACGGCAUGACCCUGAAGUCUGUAACUGAAGGGGCCUCAGCCAGAAAGGCCCCGACUCCUGCCCCAGCCGCUAAAGCCGUGCCACGCCCCGUGUCCCAGGCCAGGCCCUCGGCCAACCCAAAGAGGGUCUCCAGAACCCCCAUUGUCAUCAUUCCAGCGGCCACCACGUCCCUCAUCACCAUGCUGAACGCCAAAGAGCUCCUGCAGGACCUCAAGUUUGUGACCAGCGAGGAGAAGAAAAAGCAAGGCCUCCAGCGCGACAACGAGGUGCUUCUGCAGAGGAGGAAGGAUCAGAUCCAGCCCGGUGGCAACACCUUGAGCGUCACCGUGCCCUACAGGAUCAUCGACCAGCCGCUCAAGCUGGCGCCUCAAGACUGGGACCGCGUGGUGGCCGUCUUCGUGCAGGGGCCUGCCUGGCAGUUCAAAGGCUGGCCCUGGUUGCUCCCUGACGGCUCCCCGGUGGACAUUUUCGCCAAAAUCCGAGCCUUCCACCUGAAGUAUGACGAGGCGCGGACUGACCCCAACGUGCAGAAGUGGGACGUGACCGUGCUGGAGCUGAGCCAUCACAAGCGCCACCUGGACCGACCCGUCUUCCUCCGCUUCUGGGAGACGCUGGACCGGUACAUGGUGAAACACAAGGCGCACCUGCGGUUCUGAGCCCAGAGCAUGCUGCUGGCGCUGCGGUUCUGAGCCCAGAACCUGCUGUUGGCUCUGCCAAAGAUUUUCCUCAUGUCUCUUUUUUCCCCAGGUUCCCUCACUGCCAGUCUUCAAAUCCUCAGCAAUUCCAUCAGUGGCCUACCUCCACUACUCUUCAGGAACCUGAGCAGCACGUUGGGAGGCCCAGUGUGUGCGCCUCUACUCUUGUGGAGAGCAGUGUGCCUCUCUGCUCUUGUAGUAGGUAGUAGGACUGUGGUGUAGCAUCAGGUGACGGUGUUAUGUCCUGCUGCUGCAGGGUUAUCAGGCAACAGGGGAGAUACAUAUACCAGGAAACCAGAGUACAGCCUUCCUUAUAGCCAUUAUAUCAAUGUUAAAAUGUUUUUCUUUUUUCUUCUUUCAUACCAAACAUCAUCUUGCAUUUAUACAGCAAUUUAUCAUUUAGGGGGAAAAGUUUUGUUGUUCAAAAAUUCAAUGUCUUGCUUUCAUUUUUGCAGGAGGAAUAACCAUGAGAAGCCAUUGCAUCUGUUAAUGACCAUAUGUUUUUUUUUGUUUUUUUUUUAAGAACAAAAAAAUACAAAUCUUCAGUUUUCAAAAUUAAAGUUUACUCAGUUGGAAUUCUGCCGUUUCAAUAGUUAUGUUCAGUGAGGUUUAUAAUCGCUCAGUUUGUCUGUCAUGCACUGCUACAGUUCCUCAAGUAUCAGCUAAGAUGUUGGCAAUGUAAUUUGUCAAUGCAGUUGAAUGUGUGUGUUGAACCAGUAUAUUGGCACGUUCCUAGUCAAAUGAUGAUGGGCUAAGCUGUGAAAAAAAAGUUCAAUAAAGAGUUGCACUAAACAGCAA